UUGCGUAUGAAGAAAAGAAACGUUAUGGAGAAGAAGAUAGGCACAGAAAUGGAGCAGAGGAAAGGCCGCAGAUUAGUACUGUUUCCACUGCCACUACAAGGCCAUAUAAACCCCAUGCUUCAGCUUGCAGACAUCCUCCACUCCAAAGGCUUCUCCAUCACCAUCAUCCACACGAACUUCAACUCUCCCAACCCUUCUCAUUACCCCAAUUUCACCUUCCACUCCAUCCCUGAUGGCUUAUCAGAAUCUGAAGCCUCUGCAUCAGAUCCUGUGCUUCUUCUCAAACUCCUCAACGCCAAAUGUUUAGAGCCUUUCCGGGACUGCUUAGUUAAGCUCUUAUCCGAUGUCUCGGAGGAGCCUAUUUCUUGUUUAAUCUCAGAUGCUAUCUUUUACUUCACACGAGCUGUAGCUGACAGCCUUAAGCUCCCGAGGAUUGUUUUAAGGACUGGUGGUGUUUCCUCCUUUGUUAUUUUUGCUGCAUUUCCACUUCUCAGGGAAAGGGGAUACCUCCCCAUACAAGAUUCUCAAUUAGAAAAGCCUGUGGAAGAGCUUCCACCUCUCAAAGUGAAAGACCUUCCAGUGGUCAAUGCCGAUGACCCUGAGGCAUUUUAUGAAGUUGUAGCUGGGCUGGUCAAUGAAACGAAAGCUUCUUCAGGUGUCAUUUGGAACUCCUAUGAAGACCUUGAACAGUCUGCGCUGGUCACUCUUGGCAAAGAAUUUCCCAUUCCAAUCUUCCCAGUAGGCCCAUUUCACAAGCACUGUUCAGCCUCUUCUUCAAGUAGCUUUUUAACCCAAGACCAGAAUUCCAUUUCCUGGCUAGACAAACAAGCACCUAAAUCCGUAAUCUAUGCAAGCUUUGGGAGCAUAGCAGCCUUGAAUGAAGCUGAGUUUUUGGAGAUAGCUUGGGGCCUAGCCAACAGCAAGCAGCCCUUCUUGUGGGUGGUUCGACCUGGAUUAGUCCGUGGCUCGGAAUGGCUUGAACCAUUGCCAAGUGGGUUCCUAGAGACUUUGAAUGGAAGGGGCCACAUUAUCAAAUGGGCUCCCCAGCAGGAUGUGCUAGCCCAUCCUGCUGUGGGUGCAUUUUGGACUCACAACGGUUGGAAUUCAACAUUGGAGAGCAUUUGUGAGGGGGUUCCCAUGAUUUGUAUGCCUUGUUUCGGUGACCAAAAGGUGAAUUCUAAGUACGUUAGCCAUGUUUGGAAGGUUGGGCUGCAGCUGGAGAGUGGGCUGAAGAGAGAGGAGAUAGAGGGGACUAUUAGAAGACUAAUGGUGGAGAAAGAAGGGGAGGACAUUAGAGACAGAAUUUCAGAGUUAAAGGAGAAGGCAAAUCUUUGCUUGCAACAAGGUGGCACCUCACGCCAAUCCUUGGAUAGCUUGGUUAGUCACAUAUCCAAAUUAGAAUUAUUCACCUUCAAAUCUCAGUGAAACCCUCUCGGGCUCUCGGCCAUAUAAUUGUGGACUUCGUUUUCUUUAAAUUGGAUUGAAAAUUUUCUUUCAAUGUACGUUAUAAAAUUGUCAUGUAUUUCUAAA